AUGCACCAAAUGAAACAAUUCAUUGUCGAUUGGGAUAUUAAUCAUACGGAAGAGCACACGCCUAGCUUUUUAUUAUCUUCUGAGCAGAACGAGAACGUAUCAGAAGAAUUACCAAAUAGCUCGGAACAGUAUUCAAACAAAACGAGGGAAAGAUUGGAUAUUUUGAUUCCUGGACAGAGUAUUGAAUCAUCCUCCUCAUCGUUGAAAAUUGUUCAUUUACUUUCAGAUACUAUUACCGAUCAUACAAAGAAUGAUCCAAAUGAUUAUCAAACUCCAACAAAUGAAAAUUAUCAACUCGAUAGAAUUGUUGAGAACCAUGAUCGUUGUUUUACAAUCAGUUCAAUCUUGUAUCCCGAAGAAUGUCAUGAAUUAAUUGAAAGUACGGAACAAAUUGGUUAUCAAGAUAUUGAUGAUGAAUAUGUGAAGGAAUAUAGAAAUAGUCAGCGAGUUCUUGUGAAGAGCAAAAAAUUGGCAAAUUUAAUAUGGAAACGAAUCAUUCCAUUCUUCAAAGUAUCAGACAUUGAAAAAGUUAAACCUUAUGGUUUCAAUAAUAACGGCAGGUGGUUACCAGUUCGCUUGAAUGAAUGUAUGAGAUUUAGCAAGUAUUCAGAUCAGACAUUCUUCAAGCCACAUAUGGAUGCGCAAUUUGUUGCAGAUGAAAAUGAAAAGAGCAUUUUCACGGUAUUGAUUUAUUUGAAUAAUUCGAGCUAUGGACCAAGUCUUUUUAAAAAGGUGCAACUGUUGAAAAAUCUCGACACCAACGAUAUUACUGUGACAUUUUUGAAAAUCGGUCAUGUUAUGCCAACGAAAGGUACUGUGGCAAUUUUCAACCAUGAUUUAUGGCAUUCUGGUGAAAUGGUUAACAAUGAGACAAAGUAUAUCUUGAGAACAGAAAUAAUUUUUCAACGAAUUGACUCUGAAAGUAUUUAUCGAGUGCCAUUAUGUGACAAUGAAUGCUUUUUAACAGUGAAACACCUUAUGGAUAAGAGUUAUGAGUUAGAGCUACAAGGAAAUGUCAAGGAGGCUACAUGCAAAUAUAUUCAAGCACUAGAAUUGCAUACUCAAGUGUCACAUUCAUUAUCUUCCAACCCAAGUUGCCGCCUGAGCACCAUGGAACAACUAAUUCCUGAGGAAGUGUUUUCAAUCAUUUUUAACUAUCUUCCAACUGCUGACUUGUGUAGAGGAAUCCUUUGUGUGAACCGAAAUAUUAACUGCUAUGCAAGAAAUUCUAUCAUGUGGAAGCAACGGUAUGAUGCAACAUGGAACUCGAUACGUUAUGGCUGGUCUGAAAAAGUGGCUGAAAAAACAUUGCAAGAAAAUUCCAAGAUCAUGUUCUUGCAAGAGAUUCUUAACGGAAAUUCGACCAUGCAUUUUCACGAUUGGUAUCAUGCCUUUGUCAGUCGGGCGAAUAUGGAACGGUAUUUUUGUCCUGUCAUGGUUUCCAUAGGAACACACUCGUAUCGAUAUGGCAUGGCCAAUGACCACACGUUUUCGUCAAGUAGGAUGUUAUGUGGCAAACCCAUUCAUCCACAUUUUUCUCUCGAUGGUUACGGAUUGAAAGAUAUUCUGACAGGACGACGAGCAAAAAUUGAGUAUGACUAUUGCAAAUCAGCUCCGCUCCUGUCGAAUAAUGGAAUUGUUUCACAUGAGGCGAAUUUUAUCACAUUUAUUAAGCAAUUGUAUUGGGAUGAUUUAGGAGUGGCUUUAUCUGAACAUCCAUUGCUGUUGUGUGUACCAAUGACUUGGAAUGAGAGACACAAACGUCGUAUUAAGCAAGUGUUGUUUGGUAUUGGUAUUCCUGCUGUGUGCAUUAUUGAUUCAGCACAAGCAUUGUCUUUACAUUAUUUAGAGCCAAAUUGUAUUGUUUUAGAUUUUGGAGUUUCUGGUGUGAAAUGUGUUCCUGUAUAUGAAGGAGAGCAUCAAACGCAAUUAAGUACUUUUAUCAAUCAAAGACAAUCCAUCAAGUCCAUCAUUACUGAGAUGUCAUCCUAUACCUAUUAUUCAUAUGCUCGCUCUUUUUUAGAGUUGUGUGUCUUACCUCCAUUUUCAAGAGAAGAAAAUGCUGUCAAGUAUUCAGAAUUUGUUCAACAAGUUGAGGAGUACAAUUUAGGAAGUUAUUAUUUUCGCUCGGAUAUUGAUGGAAUAUAUCGAGUGGAAUUGGCAGAAGAAUAUUUCGAAGAAAUUAUAUACAAUUUAAUCCCAUUUUUUAACAAGAUUGUGAAUAUGAAAGAUGAGGAGAUGAGAAAUCGAAUAUUGAGACGAAUUAUCGUGGUUGGAGGUUUUUCACACAUAUCCGGACUGCAUGAGAGAUUGAAGAGUGAAAUUUUGCAAGUCUUACCUCCUCAUUUGGGAGAACAAGUUGAAUUUAUUUUCCAACAGAAAAAAACGGAAGAUGGUUAUAUUAAUGUCGAAAAGCCAUUUCCAAAAUCUUAUGGAAUGCGAACAGACAAGGUUUCAAAACGAAAAUUUGGACAUGAUAUGGAUGUCAUGUUUGGUUGCAAAAUUUUCACCUCCCUCAGUAAUUUCAGAAACUUGUGUGACAUGAAUCCUUCACUUUUGAAAUGA